GUGGUGCCCCACGAUGGACCCCCUGUGGCGUCCCCCGAUCCCGGGCGCAGCCCCCUACCGCGUGCCACUCGGCGCUUCCCUGCCCAGGGCUGAGCCCUGCUCGUCCUGCACCAAGAGCCAGCCCUGGGGCCGGGCGGGCAGGUGGCCCCCAGGGGAGCCCCGGCUGCCCCCAGCGCCCCGGGGGCGUAGCCGGCAGGAGCCUCUUGCAUCUGAUCUGUCUUCCAUGUUCCGAGGGAUUGGGUUUGAGACAGUCCCGAGACCUACGCUGGGACGGGCGACUCAGCCUUUGGGUCGUGGAGUCUUGAGCUGGGCCACAAGUGGUAUGGAGGCCAAACCCGGCACAUCAGUGCAGCCCGGUCUUCCAGCGCCAGAAGCCAUGGCAGCUGGGGACAACAAUGCGGGGAGGACAUCUGUUGCUUGUGGCAUGGUUUUUGCCCAAAAGGAAGCAGCUGCCCCACCUGUCCCUUUUGGAAGAGCAGCCCUGGUGCUUGGCAGGGCCAAGCCCAAAGCUUCUGGAGACCUCCCUUUCCUGAAUGCAAAUAUAUCUCGGCCUUCUGCUUUACAGCCAGCAUCUCCCAUGUUCACACACAGGGCAGAGAUUCCCCCAGCCAUCUCUGUUGAGCAGGUGGAAAGAAAGGACCCAGUAGUGAAGAAAGGAUCAAAAGGAACUGCUUUCCCCUUGGCUCUGAACCUGAUUAAAAUACAUUGCCAAAAUGAAGCUGUUUACCAGUAUCAUGUGACUUUCAGUCCUAAUGUGGAGUGUAAGAGCAUGCGGUUUGGUAUGCUGAAGGAGCACAGAUCGGUGACAGGAGAUGUAACUGCAUUUGAUGGCUUGAUCCUCUACCUGCCCAUCAGGUUGCCUCAAACUUCUGAUCUGAAAAGUCAGAGGAAGACUGAUGGAGUUGAGAUCAGCAUAAGGAUUCAGAUGACCAAAAUUCUUGAACCCAGUUCGGACCUAUGCAUUCCAUUUUACAACAUUGUUUUCAGAAGGGUGAUGAAGAUUUUGGAGAUGAAACUUGUUGGGAGAAACUUUUAUGACCCCACCAGUGCUACAGUGCUGCCCCAGUACAGGUUGCAGAUCUGGCCAGGUUACUCAGCUAGCAUCCGGAGGACAGAUGGAGGACUCUUCCUGUUGGCUGAUGUCUCCCACAAGGUCAUCAGGAAUGAUUCUGUCCUGGAUGUCAUGCAAGCAAUCUACCAGCAGAGCAGAGAGAACUUCCAGGAUGAGUGUACCAAGCAGCUGCUUGGCAACAUUGUCAUUACCCGCUAUAACAAUCGCACGUACCGCAUUGAUGACAUUGAGUGGAGCAAGACUCCAAAGGACAGUUUCACCACAUCCGAUGGGAAGGAGAUUACUUUCAUAGACUAUUACAGCAAAAACUAUGGGAUAGCCAUUAGAGACCUGGGCCAGCCACUACUGAUUCACAGACCCAAGGAAAAGCAGAGUCCUGAUGGGAAGCUGCUGAGGGGUGAGAUUCUGCUGUUGCCAGAGCUCUCCUUCAUGACGGGGAUCCCUGAGAAGAUGAGGAAGGACUUCAGAGCCAUGAAGGACCUGACCUAUCAAAUCCACCUGAGUCCAAAGCAACACCACACCUCUCUGAGUGCUCUCCUGCAACGAAUUAAGCAGAAUGAGGCUGCCAGCGAAGAAUUGUUGCGAUGGGGUCUACGUUUGGACACAGACGUCUCUAGAACACAGGGGCGUGUUCUUCCCAUGGAAAGAAUCAACUUGAGGAACAGCUCGUUUGUGACUUCUGGAGACCUCAUUUGGACCAAAGAAAUAACAAGAGAACCCUCCCUCUCCACAGUUCCCCUGCAUUACUGGGCAUUGUUUUAUCCCAAACGUGCUCUGGACCAGGCACGCGAGCUGGUCAGCAUAAUGGAAAGGAUCUGUGGCCCACUUGGCAUGAAGUUAAAUCAGCCUGCCUGGGUGGAACUGAAGGAUGACCGGAUAGAUACCUAUGCUAGGACCAUCAAAUCUGUCUUGGGUUCAGAGGGCAAAUUGCAGUUGGUCGUGUGCAUAAUCACGGGGACCAGAGAUGACUUGUACGGGGCCAUUAAAAAGCUGUGCUGUGUUCAAUGUCCAGUACCCUCUCAGGUUGUCAAUGCCAGAACCGUCACUGGCCAGCCAAGCAAACUAAGGAGCGUGGCACAGAAAAUUCUGCUGCAGAUGAAUUGCAAGCUAGGUGGGGAGCUCUGGGGAAUAGACAUCCCACUGAAACAGCUGAUGGUGAUUGGCAUGGAUGUGUACCAUGACCCUAACCUAGGCAUGCGUUCGGUCGUCGGCUUUGUCGCAAGCACCAAUCAUACUAUAUACCUCUGGUUGGUUGUGUUCCAGAUGCCUCAUCAGGAAAUCGCAGAUGGCUUAAAGCUGUGCCUGGUGGGCGCUUUACAGAAGUUCCACGAGGUGAACCACUGUUUACCCGAGAAGAUAGUGGUUUACAGAGACGGGGUAUCAGACAGCCAGCUGAAAAUGGUGGCCAACUACGAGAUCCCACAGCUCCAAAUGUGCUUCCAAGCCUUUACAAACUACCAGCCCAAGAUGGUGGUCUUUGUGGUUCAGAAGAAAAUCAGUGCAAACUUCUAUUCAGCUUCUUCGGAGGACUUUGGGUGUCCUCCCCCCGGGACAGUCAUUGACCACACGGUUACCAGCAGAGAGUGGGUAGAUUUUUAUUUGUUGGCUCACCACGUCCGUCAAGGCUGCAGCCUCCCCACCCACUACAUCUGUGUGCUCAACACUGCCAACUUGAGUCCUGAUCAUAUGCAGAGGUUGACUUUCAAGCUCUGCCACAUGUACUGGAACUGGUCAGGCACUAUCCGUGUACCAGCCCCAUGCAAAUAUGCCCACAAGUUGGCCUUCCUCUCGGGGCAAGUACUGCACCAUGAGCCGGCAAUUCAGCUGUGUGACAAGCUCUUCUUCCUGUAACCUGGAGAGCCGGGAAGUGUGGAUGAAAAUCCAGGUCUGCACACUGGACAGGGACUGUUUCUGCUGUUCUGGGGACACUGCACCUGGCUGCCUCUGCUGAUUUGUUGGAAGGGAGACUUUUUUUUUCUUCUCCCCUAAAGUUCUGUUUUAUAAAAAUAAUAAA